ACAGAAAAGUAGCAGUUGCGCAGAUUUUGAAAUGAGGAAUUUUAAUAUCAGAAACGAAGUUACUACGGUAUACACCACGGGUCGCUUAAAAUAUUACUAGUUAAAUUUACAUGUUUAAUGUCAGCUGUAGAUAGUAUAUUAAAGAAGUAUGACAUACGACGUUAUUUUACGCAGAGCAGUUUUUCCAUAAAAAAGCUAAUACGUAAGAUAUUGUACUGUGACGUACGUUACGUCAUUUUGCGUCAACGUAUCACAGCAAAACACAAAUAGUUUAUUUCUUACGUAGCGCACGAGGGGAAACGGAAGUAGGAAGCUACUACACAAGGAGCACGAAAUUCGUGACUCUUGUUUAAGCGUUGGCUACUUUUAAAUAACACAUGUAGGCUACUGCUUGUAAAAGGUUGGGUAAUCUCAUUUAAAAGCAGGUUAUGCUAAUUGCAUUUCGAUUAGCCCUUUAAAAUGAGUUGCAAAUGUGCAGCAAAAUGUAUAGAGCAAAGAUAAAGGGUCAUUCCUUUAUCAUAUAUUGUGUCGUGCUGUUGGUAUUUUUGCAUAACUGGUGUUUUGGUGAGCUAAGUUUCGACAGUACAGAGCACAUACGGCAGUCAAUAAAACAUAUACGUGACGACGUACUAGGAGUAUCAACGUUCCAGCAACACAUCAGCGACUCCGCGAACUUUCAAACAGUUUCACUUGACAGCCGUACCAUCGUAACCGACGUUGCAGACAGCAUCAGCGUUAAGUUUCGGGAUCGUGCCGAUGCCGUUUUAAGGCUCCAGAAAGAAAUCCGGGCAGGAUACGUUGCCAAAUCAUGGAAACUAUGGAACAAAUGCUGCGAAAUACCAGAACCUGGACCCUCUGACUUGAAGGUGAACCAUGGCACAUUAUGUAGCAUUGAGUCUCUCACUGCAUCGAAAAAAGAUCAAACUCCAACAAACAAUUUCCUCCGUGCAGCGCAGAGGAACAAGGAUCUGCAUCCAGGAUUAAAAUGGCAAUACUUUGGAAGCGAAUUUGGUGUUUUCACCCAAUUUCCUGCAAGUCACAUUUCAUCCUGCAACAGUUCAUAUGACAAUCGUUACAGACCAUGGUAUGUCCAAGCUAGCACCCCAAAACCCAAAGAUGUGAUUAUCGCCAUAGAUGUAUCUGGAUCUAUGAUUAUUAAUAACAGAAUUGGAGCAGCAAUUGACGCAGCAACAACUGUCCUAAACACACUGAGUCCUAAUGAUCGUGUUACUGUGAUAACUUUUUCAGAUGAUGCAAAAUCACUUGGCGCAGUGCACUGUAUGAAAGCAUCAGCUCAGCCUACUAGGUCAUCUCUCUGCUUUAACAAUAUGAUGGCUAGUGCAACACCACACAAUAUACACCACUUGGUUGGCCUAGUUAAACAGAUAAAACCCCACGGCGACACAUACUAUGUGACUGCAUUGAAACUCUCAUUUGAUUUUUUGGAAAGUGCCUACAAGUGGGAUUUAAUAAAUUCGUCAAACAGUUUUACAAAAGACAAAGUGGCCAAAUCUCGCGAUCGAGUAAUAUUAUUUCUUUCCGACGGAGUCCCUUCCGAUUCACCAUUUCGUAUUUUCAAAUUAAUCAAGCUUCGAAACUUAGCCAUGCAAAACAGCGUCGUCCUACUAUGCUAUGAACUUGGAAAAGGAACUUUUGGUCCAGCACUCAAAUUAAUGGCAUCUCAAAAUUUCACUUUUCAUGGUUUGAAAAUAAACCCUUCCAUUUGUGAGGAAUGUGACCCUCCUGUUCCGGGGGUCUUUCAUAAAGUAGUUGAAACGAAACACCUACGUUCAGCUAUGGGCUCAUACUACAGUUUCUUCUCCCACCAUAAGAAUAAUGUUGCUUCAACAGGCGAUUCUGUUGUUUGGAGUGUCCCUUAUUUUGAUGCAGGUGGUCUAGGCAUGGUGAUGACCGCUGCUUCAACUGUGAUUAUUGAUGGGACUUUGGUAGGUGUUGUUGGUGUAGACCUCACCAUGCAUGAACUGGUAGCGGAUGUUACUUACUUUAGCAUUGGAGCAAAUAUUGGAUAUGCGUUCUUACUAAGCUUAGAUGGCAAGGUCCUAAUGCAUCCUCUGCUACCAGCACCUUCUGCAGUCAGUGAUGAUACAGUUAUUACUGGCAUUGAAGCCUUUGAAAGAAGCCCAGAAGUUCUUAAGUUUCUCCACUCAAUACUUAAUGAUGUCAGUAAUAAUAAAGUAGAAGGAAGUGGGGGCGUUGACGAGGUUUACUAUGGAGUGUUUAACAUGACGCAUAUGCUUCCUACAGGUCACAAAGACGUUAUGCUCCACAAUGUUAUAUCAUCAUUAUCUUGCUCAAUUGUAAAAAAAACAAAGUUUAUUUUAUGCGUUGUGAUGGGAGUCAACGUAACAUCGUUUACUGAUCUUGCCCCUCAACAAGUUCCACCGGACUUCACUUUCUUAUACCACAGGUUUGAUCUCGUACCACCAAGCGGGCACUCUAUCGUAUCCACACAGAUGAUCACUCCUAACAAAAGCAGUGUUGUAUUUGCUCCAUCUGCAUUUGUGGAUAGUGGAAGCUAUUUAGAAUACCCGGAGUCAACAGCAACAAUGCAGAGCUACCAGCAUUUUAUUUUAACCGGUGACUACUUUGGUUCACCUGCCACUCAACUUAAAUCAUCCAUUCGUUCAAAUGUAUUGGUGUCAUGGGUUCUAGAUAAAAUUUGGAUGCAAUCCACAUUUAACCACCCAGAUAAACACAUAAUAUGGAGGUACUUUGCAUCUGAAAGUGGAAUGUUUCGUAUCCUACCUGGUGUACAAAUGAAUAAAUUGUACGAACCAACACACAGACCUUGGUAUGACUUGGCAAUUGGACUUUUAAUGGAAGAAUACAACAACCACAACUUCGUGUUUAAUCCUGAUGACAUGUUAGCUGCCAUAUCCCCUCCAUACACUGAUGCCAGCACCGGUAACAUUAUUGUGACCAUAAGUAGAGCUAUAGUGGAACCCAUACUUAACCAUUCACACAAUAUGAAUCACCUGCCCCAUGUAUUAGGGGUCAUGGGUGCUGAUAUUUCACUCCGGUAUUUUGAAAGUCUUUUAUUUCAAGCCGUACCGGAAUGUUCAAGUGGGGCUGGUUAUUGUAUUGUGGUAGAUACAUCAGGUUAUGUUAUUUAUGAUCACCCACUUGUAUCAAUGGAGGUAAAUGCAGUGGAACUUGCUAGGAAUUCCAACUACCAUCUUAUUCAUGGACAUCCCAAUGUAGCUUCCAUACUCAUCAAUAAAAAGAUUUUGGUUCGACAACAAUGUAUUGAUGUGGCAGCUUUAGCUUUCAGGGAAAGUUAUUUAAUCAAUAGGAGCCAUAUUGCUGAGAGUUCUGGUGGUUUACAUUUUGGUGUACCAAGUAAAACUUUACAUUUCUAUACUGCCUAG